CUCCACCAAACUCGCUCAACGCGUCUCGUCUGGUUUGGCCUGGGGGGGGGGGGCGUCUGCGUUACUCGACGCGGCUGAAAUUUGAUAUCUGCUGCACGACCUCCUCUCUCCUCUACUUGUGUUUCUGUCUCGCUUGCAUUUCCGCUUUGGUUCCAGCAUUCCAUCCUCUCUUUGACCUUGGGCAAGGCAAUUGGUGUUUUCAUGAGCUCGUCCCGCCAGAUCAUGUCUUGCUGAGCCUCACCACCGUCUUCAAUAACACCGUCAAUAUCCUAUACCGGCAUCAAAUAUGUCAAGCCAACCCGCCUCCCCAGGUCCACUUCCGGCGAGCUCUCAGCAGCAGCACCAGCACCAGCACCAGCACCAGAAUGAGAACAACGGUCCUCCGUCGAGCUCACCUCACAGCACCGCCGAUUCUGCAGUGCACGUCGACGAGUCCAGAGAGAAGGUGGACCCCGACUCGUCGUUCCAGAGCAAUUCGUCCGAGCGCCAUCCCAAGGGCAAGAGGAAGAGAACCGCUGCAAAGGACAAGGCAAUCCUCGAGGCAGCGUACAACGCCAACCCCAAGCCGGACAAGGCAGCGCGUCUGGACAUCGUGAGGCGCGUGUCCCUUAAUGAGAAAGAAGUCCAGAUAUGGUUCCAGAACAGGCGCCAGAAUGACAGGCGCAAGUCACGACCCCUGUCGCCCCAGGAGAUUGCCGCCCUGCAAUAUGGUGGCAUGCAGGUGCUCUCCUCCGACCCGGCUCCGUACAGCAGCAGCCAGCCCCAAAUGUCCGGCCUUUCUAACUCCAACACGUCCCCGUACCAACAGCCUACGAUUCCCGAGGGUCCGGACGCGUCUCCACAAGCUGUAGUGGCAGACCAACCCACAUCCGAGACAACUACCGAGGCCGCGGCCGAGUUGCCCAUGGCCCAUCACAGCCGGAGGGAAUCUGCCGCCUCAAUGGGGGCCACCGCCAUGUCGUCAUCCCAGCCGGUUGAGUUCACGGCGGGCCAGUCACACCACCUGCACCGGUCGGCCUCGGUGGGAUAUUUCGCCCACAGCCUGAAUGCUGCCACCUCUUACCAGACUAACCGCCCGAGUCCGGACUCGCUGAGGCACGAGUUCCUCUCUGCUGCUGCGCGGUCGACGUCCGCGGCGCCUGUGCUCCCACCGCCUCUGUCAUCCGGCUUCCGGCUAGCAAUGUCGGUCGAGGGCAAGGCAGAGCUUGUCCCACAGCCAUCACCGCCACGCAUUUCCCCCUCGGCCCUGUCUGAUAGCCCUCCUCAACCCUUCGAUCGCCCAAGCCUUCACCGUAGCCGUAGUGCGGCAGCCUGCGUCACGCUGCCCCCUAUCUCCACCUUGACCGCUUCGCUUGACGCGAACCCCUCGCGCUCGAUAAUAGAAGCAGCUCCAGCCCACCAGCCACAACCACGCCUCCCUCACAGCCUACACCGCAGUCGUUCCAGGGAUGUCCACGCGUGGGAGAUGGCCUGCGAGGCGAACAUUGAGCCUAGGGACGAGCUGACAGCCUACGCUGCACGUGAAUCAUCUGGCUCUGCCAUUGCGGCCAUCAGUCUCCUGCGCACCCUUAGCUCCAGCUCACACUCCGGUAUGAGCCACGGAAGCGGCGUCCUCCAGCCCAACAGCGCCAAACGCAACGCGCGCCCUAACGCCCAACCAAACCACCAUGCCAAGAAGCCCAAGCUUAGCCGUGCCUCGAGCAGUGUUGGCCGCCUGCAGACGAAUUUUGUCAACACCACAACGGACAAGCCUCCCGUGAGGCGAGAGCAGACGCCCGUGGAGGUUGACGACCUGAAGAAGGGCAAGGUGUCAAUCUUGUUCUCACCCGGCGGCAACGACUCCGACAAGGAGAACUGGAGCCCCGUCAAGGAGGGGCGCCAGAUGUUCCAUGGCGCGUCGCGGCCCGCAAACGGAAGACGACCGUUGCCAUCGGAGCCCACGUCAAAGCCCGCUGGCCUUCUCAAGCCGCGCAGGAGCGUGGGCCGCGUGCUGGGAGACGCGAGCAACAGGUCCCUGCUCGGACGUGCCAGGACGGCGCCGACGUCAAGGCGGAAGAGAGGCUGCACGCCAGUCAAUAUUUUUGAGGACGGGGCCAGCGGCGAGGCCGGGGCCGACCCCUCUGAGGGCGAGAGCGAGGGAGAGGAUCACGGCCGGAAUACCAUUGAGGACGACGAGGUGGAAAGGUUUAUGCGCGGCGAGGUCAGCCCGAGCAAGAAGGGGGCGGCUAGCGCGAUCGCGGGGUUGUUGGCUCUGAGCCAGGGGAAUUGGCGUUAGAGAAGCCUCCUCUUGUCCCCAACUGGUCUUUCCCCCUUGCUACGACUGUUGUUACUGCUACUAGCAACUUGUUACUGUCAGCUGCAAUUGUCCAAAUUUGGACUGAUACCUCGCCUCGAGCUCCCUUGUCAAGCAGAUGUAUUAUAUCGUCUACCUACCGCCAAUAUCGGUGGUGGGAUUCCUACCCCCCAAGAAGCCCAAAAAGCCAGUCUCGAAGGGAUAGUGAAAUCUGAAUAAUAACCCAGAUAUUUGAGAUCGGAGACUGGUGCAGAAUGCCCCGCGCGCUGUCUCGCCGCAAGAUGUAUCCUGGCAGCAAACUCCGGACAAACCUUCAAGUUUCUGCUCACAUGGCGUAAUGCAGAAAGUUU